CUCACAAGAUCCCACGCUCUUUGUACUGACGACAAUUUUCCUCAACUAUGCUUCGGUACCUACCAUUACGGCCAUGACGAGCACUGACGCAUUGUUCAGUGGAGUUUGCCUUUACAUGGAUGGCCAGUUUCAAGCGAUCCGGCUGGAGUUGGAAGCACUCGCCGAAACGGUAGACAAGUACACGCUGAAAAGCUCCGCUGCUGAAACGCUUCGCAUCAAUCUCGAGCUGAGGCGCAUCAACAAGCGCCAUCAGACGAUUAUUGACGUCGUGUCGGAAGUACGCCACGCAUUCACCCCAACGAUUCUGAUCGUGCACAUCUGUGCGGCGUUCAUGAUAUGUGUUAUAAGCAUGGCAAUGUUUCUAGUGAGUGCGGAACUCACCGGCAAGCCGAAUGUAUCCUGUUUUCACUUACUGUUUUCAUACCGCCUGCAGGCCGAAGGAAUCAACAAGCUCACCUACAUGCCGUACACGUUUACAGUGCUGAUGUUGCUUUUUAUGUACUCGUACGGUGGCACGGUUGUGCGAGAAUCGAGUGAAGCCAUCCAAACAGUGGCCUACGGUUUCCCGUGGUAUCAGUUCGAUCGUAACACCCGACACCUCGUCCAGAUGAUGAUGGUACGGGCAAAGUAUGGAUGCAAUGUGGACGUACCGUUUUUUCAAACGUCGAUGGCUACCUUCUCGGUGAUCGUACGCUCAGCUAUGUCAUACAUCACGUUGAUGAAGUCGUUUUUGUAG